AUGGAGGUAAAGCAGAAAGUGAAAGAGAAUACAGUUUAUGAUGAUAGGAAAGAAAGAGCUAGUACUGAUGAUUUUGGUCGAGCAAUAUCGAGAAUUGCAGCUGCACAGAUAUGCGAAAAUAUUGGAUUUGAGGGCUUUAAUGAAUCAGCUCUUGACUCAUUUGCUGAUAUUACGGUUAAGUAUCUUUAUGACUUAGGCAAGACUGCAACUUUCUGUGCUAUUUUAGCUGGGAGGACAGAGGUCAAUGUCUUUGAUGUAAUAGAAGGAUUAGGGGAUUUGGGUGGGUCCACAGGUGCAUCAAAGAAUAAAAGGAAGAUACCCUGUUUUGUACAAAUGGAUGAAACUCCAGCGUUUAAGCACAUACCUUUAUGGAUGCCUGCAUUUCCUGAUCGGCAUACUUAUGCACGCGCCUCUACAUGGAAUGAGAGAGCUUCUGAUCCCUGA